AUGUCUUCUGAUGCUCCCAAGACUGACAUAGACGAGCAAACGCAACACGAGGCAGAAGUGGCGGCUGUUCUGGAUGUCGAUGUGGCACCUGAAGCUGACCUCGAUGGUGACGAGUGGGGCGAUCUCGAUGCUGAGGAUUUCGAUGAUCCAUUGAUGGUCAGCAAAUAUGUUGUCGAGAUCUUCAAGUACAUGAAGCAGACCGAGCUUAUAACACUUCCUCAUCCGAAAUACAUGGCAUCGCAAAAAGAGCUGGCCUGGUCGAUGCGUGGAAUCCUUCUCAAUUGGCUGGUAGCGGUACAUCCUGAAAACAAUCGAUUGGAACUUGAGCUAUCCGAACCCGAUGCACUUCCUGCGCCACACACGCAAAUCGGAUGA